UACUAUGUACUGGUUUGUUAAAUACAUUGUAGAUGGAGAAAUUUGUUAGAAAUCAUAGUUGAAGGAUUAAAGGUGUUAUUAGCCCAACAGAGAAAGGGUUUAAGCCUUCCAUCGGCCAAAAGAACCGCGCCCCAGCGCCCUGUCCAUUACCAGAAAGCGAAACAAGCAGCGGCGGCGGAGGAGGAGCUCCGAAUCCUUUCUUCUGCUCGUCAAACGCCGGAAACCAAUCGUGGAUUCGUCGAGUUGAGCUCCUUCCUCCACAGGGAAACUGAAAAAAGCCUUCCUCUCUUCUCCACUAGUGCGUUUGCUUGUGUAGGCUCAGUUCAGCACUUCAGCUCUCUGAUAAACUUAUCUCAACAUGGACGUGGAAUACGAAGUCGAGGAUUUGGAAGAUGAGACUAAUGAGGAAGAGGAGCAGCAAGAGAUGGGGAAGAAAAUGGUUGCUAAAGGGCACAAAGAUGCGUUGGAAAGGCUCAAGCAAAAGGACCCAGAGUUUUAUCAGUUCUUGCAAGAGCAUGAUAAGGAGCUUCUUGAAUUCGAUGACGAGGAUGCUGAGGAGGAUGCUGAUAAUGAUUUGGAGGAAACAACCAUAGAAAAGGAUGAGGCUGUCGAUGAUGAUGACCAACUGGAGAAGGAAGAGAAGAAACAAUCUAAAACCGUUGUAACCAUCGCAAUGGUUGAGUCCUGGACUAAGGCAGUGCUAGAUGGUGGUAAAAUAGGUGCCCUUCGAUCUCUUCUGAAAGGUUUCAGAAUCGCAUGCCACUAUGGUGAUGAUAGUGGGGAUGACUCUUCAUCAAACUUGAGUAUCAUGUCUAGCGCUGUGUUCAAUAAAAUAAUGGUAUUUGUCCUGAGUCGAAUGGAUGGAAUUCUUCGCAAGAUGUUGGACCUGCCUUCUUAUGGCGGGAAGAAAGAGGUGAUGCUUAAAGUAAUGGGCACCCGCAAAUGGAAGAAAUACAGUCACCUGGUGAAGUCAUAUCUGGGAAAUGCCCUGCAUGUUUUGAACCAAAUGACAGAUGCACAGAUGGUAGCUUUUACUUUGCGUCGUCUUAAGUAUUCGUCUUUGCUACUGGCCGCUUUCCCAAGUCUAUUGCGGAAGUAUGUCAAGGUUGCGCUUCACUUUUGGGGUUCUGGAGGAGGUGCUCUCCCAGUUGUAUCUACUCUGUUCUUGAGGGAUUUAUGCGUACGGCUUGGACAGGAAUGUGCAGAUGACUGCUUCAAGGGUAUGUACAAGGCAUAUGUUCUGAACUGUCAGUUCAUAAAUGCUGCAAAGUUGCAGCAUAUCCAAUUUCUUGGGAAUUGUGUGAUUGAAGUAUUCCGGGUCGACCUCCCCACUGCCUAUCAACAAGCUUUUGUUUACAUCCGGCAGUUGGCAAUGAUUCUGAGAGAUGCUAUCACUAUGAAAACUAAGGAAUCAUUUCGCCGAGUUUAUGAAUGGAAAUUCAUGAAUUGCCUUGAACUUUGGACUGGUGCUGUCUGUACUUACAGCUCCGAAGCUGAUUUUAGGCCUCUAGCCUAUCCAUUAACUCAAAUAAUUUCGGGAGUGGCUUCUCUGGUUCCAACUGCUAGAUACUUUCCUCUUAGAUUGAGGUGUGUAAGAAUGCUCAACCGCAUUGCUGCAUCUACUGGAACAUUCAUACCGGUUUCCACUCUCCUCUUGGACAUGUUAGAAAUGAAAGAACUGAAUAGGCCUCCCACUGGGGGUGUUGGCAAAGCUGUUGAUUUGCGCACAAUACUAAAGGUAAACAAGCCUACGCUGAAAACACGUGCAUUUCAAGAGGCCUGUGUAUAUUCUGUGGUUGAAGAACUCGCCGAACAUUUAGCUCAAUGGAGCUAUUCAAUGGCUUUCUUUGAGCUGUCUUUUAUUCCAGCUGUGAGACUAAGAAGCUUCUGCAAAGCUACCAAAGUUGAUAGAUUCAGAAAAGAAAUGAGGCAGCUCAUACGACAGAUUGAGGCUAACUCCAAGUUCACAAAUGAAAAGCGUACGUCAAUCACUUUACCCAAUGACCCUGCAGCUGCAUCUGAAAUUGAGAAUGAGAAACAGUUGGGUCCCAGUCCUUUGUCCAAGUACGUUGCGACAUUGCGUGAAAGAGCAAAACAAAGAAGUAACUCACUGGUGGAAUCCAGUGUUACUGUUGGAGAGCGUUCCUCCAUGUUUGGCAAAAGGAGAUCUGAAGGUGGUGACGACGACAACGACGAUGAUGAUGUUGAUGAUGAUGAUGAUGAAGAUGGUCCCGGAAACGAGGAAGCCGCAGCUGUGUUCAACUCGUCUUGGUUACCGAGUGGUCUACCAAAGGUUGAUACAUCCAGGGAUGAGGGGAAGAAGAAGAAGAAUAAGAAAAGAAAGAAAGGGCAGGAAGAAGAAGAUGAUAUCGUCGAGGAUUUCAUACUGAGUUCUGACGAAGAAGAACCCCCGAGUGGCACUCGUAGUGAGGAAGGCGAGAAUGUGAAAUCAAGGCCACAGAAGAAAAGGCAGAAAUUUUCAAAGAAGGAAUCUCAUUCAAAGAAACCAAGAAGGAAGCAGAGGUAGGCUAAAUUAUGAGGGAGGGCAGUAAUCUCUUGAUCUCUCUCUGUAGCUCUAAAUGGGCGAAAAUUUUGGGUUUAAGAAUGACCAAUGAGACUGGAACAGAAAUCAAACACUAAGGCAACGAUUUUUAGCAACUGUUUCUCCAGACCGUUUCAUUGCAUGCACUUUUGAGUAGUAAUUUAUCAACCUUUGAUCCAUUUGUAUGUAUAUGAAUAUGAGUAUAUCAGAUAUGAUAUCAUAGAAUGAAUGUUCACUAAAAAA